AUGCUAUCCAACAUCCUCUCGCUCGGCCUCCUGGCCGUUGCACGCACCACACUGGCGCAAACCCCGCCAUACUUCACUCCCAGCACCGACGUCAAUCUCCCCGCCACCUUCGACGCCAACAGCACCACCCCCGAUUUCUUCGUAGUCGGCGGCGUCUUCUCCAUCAACGCAACCCAAUCCGCCCCGCAACUCUACCUCCCCUCCAACAGCACCUUCGCCACCACCUCCAACGCCUCCAACCCCGCCACCUUCAUCCUCCUCAUGUUCGACCCGGACGCGCCCUCGCCGCAAGACCCGUCCAAAGCCCAAAUCCUGCACUGGCUCCAACCCGGCGUCCGCCUCUCCCGCAGCAUCGAGCCGACCGCCUCCCCCUCCUCGGGCGCGCCCCUCUCCAUGCUCUCCGCCGCCGACACCUCCACCCCCGCCCUCGUCCCCUACCAAGGGCCGCAGCCCCCGAGCGUCGCGCCACAUCGGUACAUCGUGACGUUGUGGCGGCAGCCGAACUCGACGGGUUUUGAGGUGCCCGAGGCUUGGAGCGGGUAUGUCGGCGGGGAGAAUCGGACGGGGUUCGAUGCCGCGAAGUUUGUGGAGGAUGCGGGGUUGCAGGGCGGACUGGUGGCGGCGACGUAUUUUUUGGCGGGGAAGGAGACGGUGGGCGAGGGGAGGGAGACGUACGAGGGGGACGAUGCGGCGGCGGGGAUUGGCGGGAACACGAGUGUGCCGGUGAAUGCGUCGGGGAGUGCGGGGGCGGCGACGGCGACGACGACGACGGUGAGCGGGGGGAGUUCGAGUGCGACGGCGGAUGCGGCGAGUGCGACGGAGUCGAGCGGCGCGGGGAGGCUGGGGGGUGUCGGCGCGGUGGUGGUGGCGGGGGUUGUUGGGGCGGUGGCGUUGCUUGGGUGA